GUGGCGGUGCUCCGCGGCGGCGCGCCGGGCCGGCCCCGCGCAGGGCGCUGGCCAGGUGUGCAGGUCCCCAGAGGCGGCGACGCUGAGCGGCGGGCGCGAAAAGUCACCACCCAGAUAAUGGAUUUUAUAGAUCAGAUUGCUUAGUGUGGAUAUCAUGGUAACAAUACAGGAAGUAUUGUUAAUUUCUCACUCCCACCAAGUGGUCAUGACUACUGAAGAAAGAAUCUUUUAAAACUACAACAGAGUUCACUUGGGUACCUCUUAUGGAAAUCCUGAUUUUGUUUUUAACUUUUGGUAAUUUUUUACUAAAGUCAUGAACAAGCAGAGGGCUUGUCCUGUCAGGCAAACACACUCUAGUGAGAAUGUCUAGAAGAGGAUCNAUUCUGCACAGCCGGACCCAGUGGCUGCUGUUGGGCCUUGCUUUGCUCUUCAGUUUAGUAUUAUUUAUGUACCUCCUGGAAUGUGCCCCCCAGACUGAUGGAAAUGCUUCUCUUCCUGGUGUUCUUAGAGAAAAUUAUGGUAAAGAAUAUUACCAAGCCCUCCUGCAGGAGCAAGAAGAACAUUACCAAACCAGGGCAACCAGUCUGAAACGCCAGAUUGCCCAGCUAAAGCAAGAACUACAAGAUAUGAGUGAGAAGAUGAGAGCCUUGCAAGAGAGAAAGAAGCUAGGGGCUAACGGCAUAGGCUAUCCUGGCAACAGAGAGCAGACACCCAGUGACCUCUUAGAGUUUCUUCACUCCCAGAUCGACAGAGCUGAAGUUAGCGUAGGGGCCAAACUCCCCAGUGAGUAUGGAGUCGUUCCCUUUGAAAGUUUUACUUUAAUGAAAGUAUUUCAGUUGGAAAUGGGUCUCACUCGCCAUCCUGAAGAAAAGCCAGUUAGAAAAGACAAACGAGAUGAAUUGGUAGAAGUUAUUGAAGCUGGCUUGGAGGUCAUUAAUAAUCCUGAUGAAGAUGACGAACAGGAAGAUGAGGAGGGCCCCCUUGGAGAGAAGCUGAUAUUUAAUGAAAAUGACUUCAUAGAAGGCUAUUAUCGCACUGAGAGAGACAAAGGCACACAGUAUGAACUGUUUUUUAAGAAAGCAGACCUUAUGGAGUACAGACAUGUGACCCUCUUCCGCCCUUUUGGACCUCUCAUGAAAGUGAAGAAUGAGCUGAUCGANAUCACAAGAUCAGUUAUUAAUAUCAUUGUGCCACUUGCGGAGAGGACAGAGGCGUUUUCACAGUUUAUGCAGAACUUCAGAGAUGUUUGUAUUCAUCAAGACAAGAGGAUUCAUCUCACCGUUGUGUAUUUUGGGAAAGAAGGACUAUCUAAAGUCAAGUCUAUUCUAGAAUCUGUCUCAAGCUUCAGUUUCAGUUUGACCUGUUGUUAUCAAGUGAACAUUGGUAAAAAAGUGUUUUAUCCUGUGGUGUUCAGUCUUUACAACCCUGCCAUUGUCUAUGCCAACCAGGANNUGCCGCCCCCUGUGGAGCAGCAGCUGGUUCAUAAAAAGGACUCUGGAUUUUGGAGAGACUUUGGCUUUGGGAUGACCUGUCAAUAUCAAUCGGANUUCCUGAGUGUCGGUGGAUUUGACAUGGAAGUAAAAGGCUGGGGUGGAGAAGAUGUUCAUCUUUACCGAAAAUACCUACACGGUGAUCUUAUUGUGAUUCGGACUCCAGUUCCUGGUCUCUUCCACCUCUGGCAUGAGAAACAUUGUGCAGAUGAGCUGACCCCUGAGCAGUACCGAAUGUGCAUCCAAUCCAAAGCCAUGAAUGAGGCCUCCCACUCUCACCUGGGAAUGAUGGUCUUCAGGGAGGAAAUAGAGAUGCAUCUUCGCAAACAGGCAUACAGAACAAACAGCGAGGCUGCUGGGUAACAGACAGUCAACAUGGGAGAGUCGGAACCACAAACCAGCACUGUUUAUUCAGCCUUAAUUCCAACUCUAGAUUAUGUGCCUCUUCCAGAGAAAAACUUUUCUUUUCCAUGUUCUUUCUGAAAUGUUUUUGUAGCUCAACUUGAUAUAAGAAGAAAACACAGGUGUCUUGAUGUAUAGCCUGCCUUGUGAGAGUACUAUAGUAUGAAACAGUUGACAAAAUGAAAUUUUAUAUUUGUCCCCAAAAUCAUUUGAAUUAGAUUCUGCCUGGUACCUGUGUUCUGAUUGGUCCUGGAGUAUACGAGGCUGAUGUUGAGUUGGUCAGCACACUCCUACAGGGAACAGAACACUGGUUGGUCGAAAUGUUCAGACAGAUAUGCCUGCUGACCACUAAGUCAAUCAUUUGACUUCAGUCUUUAGAUGAAAGCUUUCAUUGAUCACAUGUAGAAUAUUUUUUUCACAGAAAAUAAUUAACAUAUCUGAAAUCUACAGUCCAUCACAAAGGCAUAAGUCAAAACCCCUUAGUUUCAUGUUGCUUUCCCUUUGAAUAUGUUUUUAAGCAAAUGGAUAUAGUAGAUGUAGUUUAGAAUUUAUGGUUUGAUUAUAAAUAAAAUAUAUUGUUAUGUUACCAAUGUUCAAAAUUCAUAGUCAAACUGUAGUAGAUUGUUUUGAACAUUUUAUUAUAUUGGAUUGCAGGACAGUAGNUGUGUUUGGGAAUGUCUUUUUAUAUAAGCCAGAGACAUAGAAGAUAUGAACAUUAUAGCAUGGUUUUAUAUGGCUUUUGUUUUGCACUGUCUUGUUUAGCAUGGGCACAUAUAUAUUUAUUUUCUAUAUGCUAAUUUUACCAUAAUUGUGUUUGCAUUUGUAUUAUACUUUCAGUUGAAAGAGUUUUAUUGAAAAAAAUUAAAUGCAUUAUAUAAUAAGACCACCCUUGAUUUGAGAAAAGGGAAGGAAGGAAAAGUGAUUUGAUAAAAAUAUAAAUUAUGGAGUACUUUAAAAAACUGUACAGAUUGAAUGCUACUUUAAUUGAAAUGUAAAUUCUAUUAAUGAGACAAGAUGAAUAAGAAAUUAUAUUCCAGUAGAACUGUACUAUAAUAUUUAUCACACAUGGAUAUUUUAUCAUUGGGUCAUUUACUAGAUCCAGAAAUUGGAGAUAAAAUAAAGGCAUGCAUAGUUUUUUUAACCCCUGACUUUUAAAGGGACCUGCUAUUUCUAUAUACCCCCAUGAGAACUCAGAAAAAGUUAUUAUUUUUGUUCAGUAAAUCAUACCAUCUCAAAUGUUACNAAUGCCAAAUUUCUAGGUGCUAAUGUGAAUCCAGUUCAAUAUUAACGAGUUGCUGAGGGUUCUACCUGGCAUAUGGUUGAGGUAUUUUUUAAGAUGUAUAAAGGGCUUUCUGCAGAGUAAGCAGAGCCAGUAAUCUCCUUUGUACACAUUUAUUUAUUGUAAAGACCAGUGACCGUGGUAUUUACAAUUAGGGUACUUAAUGAUUUACAAAGGUGAUUUCAGCUUGGUUUUGAGAUAAUCAAAUGAUUUUUACUUUAACUCCUAUUUUUUUAAACUAGCUUUUAUUUGAAGAUGGAAGCUAAGCAAUGAAAGCAUUACUAUAUUUUUUACAUUAAGUGGUACCAAUAAAGUA